AUGUGGAAAGGCACCUCUUCCUCAAGCCCUCCGGCUUCUCCAACCCAGACGAAGAUCCCGUCAGUGUCGAAGCCGAACUACAGGUUGAAGAAUCAGGGGAAGCGGAUUGCGCAGAUUGUUAAGCUGAAGCCGGAGCGUGUGGAGGAGUAUAAGGAGUGUCAUGCUAAGGUUUGGCCUGAGGUGUUGAAGCAGAUUAAGGAGUGUAACAUUGAGGAUUACUCUAUUUUCCAUGACCCAGAAACCAGUAUUCUUUUUGCGUCUUUCAAAUAUGUUGGGUACAAUUAUGCAGGAGAUAUGGAAAAGAUGAGGGACAACCCAAAAGUUCAAGAAUGGUGGAGAAUGACCGAUGAGAUGCAGGAAAGCAUGGUUCCCGGUGCAAAAUCCAGCCACGACGGCGAGCCAGCAUGGUGGAAAGGCGUGCAGGAAGUGUUCUACUGCCCGUGA